GAAUAGGACAUUGCAGUUAUAUGUGUUAAUUUGAACAUUUGUGUAAUUAACCCUCCCCCCCUCACCACCAAUACCACCACGUUGAGUGUUUUUAGUACAAGUACGAGCCCGAACGAGCUUGUAGUUGACGUUCGCUAAAUUUAGCUAUCCUGAGGCUGAGGCUGAGGCUAGCAAACACGCUAAACAGAAGCUAAUGUCACUAGCUAGCAUCAUUUGUUCAGUAUGCGCAGCGUUACAGUGGUAGCUACAUCCCAUUGAACAACAAGAGUUCAUUUCCCCCUUUCUUCUCAAGGACUCAGAUUAUUCUAGAGAAAAGCUGUCAGAAAUCGUUGCUCUGUACUUCUGAUGAUCAGCCAUGGAUGAAGAUGACAGCCAAGAUGAGCUGAUCAACCGCAGUGCAUCCCACAGCAAAGGAAGAAGGGCUGCGUUGUGGGCCAUCUCAGAUGACUCAGACGAUGUUGAAGAGGAGUCUGAAGGGGGAGAAUCUGAAAGUGGUGAGGAAGAAGAGGAGGAUCACCUAGAUGGAGAGGAUGAUGAGGAGGAGGAGGAGGAGGAAGAAGAAGAUGAGGAAGAGGAGGAAGAUGCUAAACCCGAGGAUGGGGCUUUGGGGGGGACCUCUGCUGACCUUGCAGGGAUGAGCUCAGAUGAGGACUCAGAGACGUGUCCCAUCUGCCUUAACUCAUUCAGCAGCCAGCCUGUUGCAACACCAGAGAACUGUGAGCACUACUUUUGUCUCGACUGCAUCCUUGAAUGGGCCAAGAAUGCAAACUCGUGUCCUGUAGACCGUAUUGCCUUCAACAGCAUAUACCUAAGGAAAUGUUAUGGAGGCAAAGUGAAGAAAAUGAUCACAGUACAAAAGCCUGUAAAGGAAGGUCAAGAGGAGACAGUAGAUUUGGACCUGGAGCACACCAGUUGUGAGGUGUGUGGGGGCAGUGACCGCGAGGACCGCCUCUUGCUCUGUGAUGGCUGUGAUGCUGGGUAUCACAUGGAGUGUCUCACGCCAGCUCUUGACUCUGUUCCUGUAGAAGAGUGGUUCUGCCCUGAAUGUGAAGCCAACAAUCGUCACUCAAGGGGUUCAGCUGAGGAACUUAGUGAUGUAGAAAGCCUGCCUUCCACUGCCCAUCCUGCCACCAGCCGCCCCCAGCCUCGUGCUACAGGUCCCACCAGAGCUAUCGCUCGAACUCAGCAGAGUGAAAGGGUUCGAGCGAAUGUCAACCGACAUCGCAUCACACAGGCACGCUCAUCCCAGUUGGCUCCCACAUAUCUGAUGCAGUCCACAUGGCUGGAUGAGACUAUCAAUGCUGUGGUGGCUGGGCUCAACACAGCUGUGUAUAUACGAGACUUAACACCUCGUGUCUCAUCUAACCGCAUGCGGAAGACUGGAAAGCGCAGAAAGGUCAAAAGGAAGAAGACAUCUUCUGCUAAGGUUGAAACAGGUAAAGCAGGAAGUACAGGAGUCAGGAGGAGGAAACGCAGAGUGAGGAAGACUAAAUCCAGAAAAAAGCUGAUGGUGAAAAAGGCAGCCAAUCCUCGAAGCCGUAUUGCUAAUAAUCUUGGAAUUGUAAAGGACAAGAAAAGUUCUUCGCUUCCUACAGUAUACCGACCCUCAGAGCACACACUAAGCAGUAUGCGUGCUGACAUAGGCGCUGCAUCCCUCUCUAUCUAUGGAGAUCCAUUUGACCUGGAUCCAUUUGUGGAUCGUGAGGAGGAUGAGCAGCAGGCCCAUGUUACGUCACUGUUGGAAGCCAAGAGACGAGGGAUCUCUCGCUCUGCUCUUCGCUCUCAUCAACCUGUAGCUCGACCAGUCACUGCAAACCUUUCCAGGAGGAGUAUGGAUGUCCCCCGAUCGGGUGUUUUGGAAGCGGCUCCUGUGCCUGACCUGCUUGGCAGUAUCCUGUCAGGACAGAGCAUGCUCUUGAUGGACAGCUCCGAUGUCGUCAUUAAUCGGGAUGGUUCCCUUAAAGCUACAAAGCCAAUGAUGCCAUCCGCGUUAAAGCCAGGUAGCAGCAAAAGCAGUAGCUCAGGAGAUGCCAGCACCGAGAUCAACCCUGGGAUGUCACCUAUCCUAGGAGACAGUUCUCUGUCUCUCCACUUCAACGGAGACUUACCAGGAUCCUCCUGUAGCUCCAUGAACAGACCUUUGUCCCAGAGCUCUGUUUGCUUACCCCCCUUUACACCCUCCUCCGCCACCCAAUCCCACCCACCUCCCCAUUCUGAUCCGCCACCCAGAGGUCAUCAAAGUUUGCAGCCACCUCGUCCAAACAGACCCACCCCCUCUCUUGGUCACCGGGGAACCAAUGGAAUCGGAGCCCCUAGGGAAACCACCUCCUCAUCCAUCCACCCUGCCCCAGAAUCUAACUCCAAGAGCAAAGGAAUGGUUCCAUCACACUCCCAACCUGCAAAGGGUCCUACAAAGCCCAUGUGGGUAGAUGUAUCGGUGCUUCCUCGGAUACCAAAAAUAAAAAGGGAGAGUAGCAGUGUCACAAAUGAUGGCAGUAAAAGAAUUAGUAGUAGUAGUAAUAAUAAUAAUAGGGGAAGUAGUAGUAAUUCUACCACUAGUAGUAAUGGUUACAGCAUGCCUGAAACAGGGAUUAACAGCCUUGCUGGGGACAAGAGUAGGCAGCAGAGUGUAGACCAGCAAAAGAGCAGGGCUGAAAGUCAGGCCCAGAGGCAUAGGCGUGAUGGAGCAGGCUCGUCAUCAGCAUUCUCCAACUCAUUUUCCUCCUCUUCCUCCUCCACUGGCUCACCUUCCAGCCAGCCAUGUUAUUCUUCAUCUUUCUCAUCUUCAUCAGCAGUGAGCUUCCGCAUUAACUCCAGUGGGAACUCCUGGCAGUCAAGGCGCCUAAGCAUUGCAUCAUCCUCUGCUAGUGGAGGCAGCAUGCAGGAACACUGGAGAGAAAAGGAAGAUGAAGCAAAAAAGAGACAGUUGCACAGGGAUAAACAGAUGCUGCUGGCAUCGCGGACGCCGGUCAGUAAGGAACAAGACAGUAAUAUCUAUGAUCCCUUUAAUCCCACUCUGUCAGACUCAAGCAGCUCAGACAGUGAAGCUGAGAUCUCAAGCCUGGAUAGCAGCUCCCGACAUGCCACAGAUGAGGGGAAAGCUCCUACAUUAGAAAAUAAGGAGGAUUUAGUGCAAAGCAAGCAGGACCUGGUUCAUGUGAAAACUGAAACACAGGAAACUGAGGUCUCACAGGAAGAAACAAGGAGAGCUAGUGCUCAGGAAACCAUAUCAUUGGAGAUCAGAUGCUCACAGAAAUCUGUCAAGGUUGAAAAAGAAUCAAGAUUAGUAGACAUUAAGGUUGAGAAACAAACAGCAUUAGUUGACACUAAAGUUAAGAAAGAGCCAGGGUUAGAUGAUGGAGAAACUGAAAGGUGUGGUCACAGCGUAAAAACAUAUUUGAAUACAGAGACAGCAGACACCACACCCCCUGCUCAUCAAAGCCGGGAUCUUUUUAAGACUGAGAAAAAGACUCUAGAAGAGCAGAGUGGACAGAGUGAGGGAACUCCCAACACUGCUCCUCCUAACUGUAAGAAUGAUUCAUCAGCAUCCAGCUCUGCUCCCACCAAGAAGAAAGAAAAGGCAGAAUCUAAAUGGGAUUCCCUAUCAACAAAUUUGGGCCAUAAGAGAACCUCCAAAGCUGCAAAGGAGCGAUGCUCUAGCAGUUCAGAGACGGACAGAGGCAGGAGAGGAGACCAUCAUGCCUCCAGCCAGGGAGGCAGCCAGAAAGAAAAGGAGAAGGACAGAAGAAGGAGUUCCAGGCGGUCAAGGUCCAGAGACAGGAGGAGGGCACGCUCAACCUCCGAAAGCUCUCAGUCCAAUUCCCUUCAUAGGACUUGCAGAAAGAGACGGCGCUCUCGGUCCCGAUCCAAAGACAGGAGGCGAUCCAGGUCUUUUUCAAGCUCAAGCAGCAGAGAGCGUUCAAGGAGGAAGAAGCAUAAACAAUGGAGCCAGGAGAGAAAAGAUGGCAGAGAGAGAGGGCGCGAGAGAAGCCACGUGUCAAAGGAAAAGAGACAUGGUCGGUCUCGCUCAAAGUCUUGGUCGAAGUCACGUUCCAGGUCUAGAUCCACGUCUAGAUCGAAGGACGAUAAGCAUGUUCGGUCUUCUUCAAAAUCAUGGUCAAAAUCACGGUCCAGAUCCAGAUCCAGGGAAAGGAGGAAAGAUCACACACGACUUCAACAACCAUCUCUCUCCUCCAGAGACAAGGUGGGGUCCCGGUCAAAAGACAAGAGGAGACACAGGUCUAGAUCGAGCUCAAAGGAGAGGAGGAAAGAAGCAGCAUCAUCGUCCAAGAGUUCACAGAAAACUUCAGAGUCCUUUGUUUCAUCCUCUAAAGACACAAAGCAGUUACAGGAUAAGAAAAAAGAGAAGGAUAUAAUUCAUAGCACCCUUAAAGAGGAAAAAAUUGCUAAAGGGAAUAAACAGGACUUACCCUCCUGUACCUCCACCUCUAAAGUUAAAAAGGAAGGCAAAGACCUCAGGGCAGACAGCAAGGCCACAACAGCAGAAAUGACAAAAGACUUGAAGGAUGUAAAAGAAAUUAAGAAAGAAAAACAACCAUCUCUUGAUAUGUUUGAAGAUUCUCCCUUUACUAAAUCAAUCAAGAAAGAAGAAAUGGACACCCCUUCUUUGUCAGAAACCAAAGGCAUGGAUGAGGAGGGAAUCGAACAAGACCUCAUCAAGAAUCAGAUGUGUGAAAUCAAGGCUGAGUCUUGUGAAAUCACCACAAUUAAAUCAGAGCCAAGCUCCCCAGAAUUGUGCCACUUGCCCCCUUUCACCUCAUUUUCUCCAUUAACCACACCUGUUACAGCAGAUAGUCAUCAGGAUGCAGUCUCUAAGUCUGACCCGGGUUUAAUUGCCUCAGCUGAGCAACCAAACACCGCAGGGUUGACUGUCCCUGUAAAGCAGGAAGUUCAGCAGCCCUUAGACUCUGAUGAUGACUUCAAUGUCGAUGUGAUGCUUGAUAACCUGGACUAUGGGAAGUCUGAGCGCACAGAGGGAAGCGGUGCACUUGUCAAACAAGAGAAGGAAGUAGAGGAGGGCAAGAAUGAAGGAGAGCAGGUAUUGGCCGUAGUUGGAGCCAAAUCCAAGACUCAAGUGAAGAGGGUUACCUGGAAUAUACAGGAGCCUGAGGGGCCUCAACCAGAGAAAUCUGCAAGCAAGCUGGCUCUGUAUAAACUGAAGCUGAAGCAGGAAGGAGCUCGCAGACCCUCUUCAUGCGUCCAGACAUCCAAUCAGGACAUCACUGGAGCUGUCAGUGACUCCUCCAAGAAAGGUGCAGUCGGCCCACUCAGUACUUCCUCUAGAUCUGAUGGCCUACAGCCAGAGGGGUUAUCAGUGAUGGGACAAGGAGAAUCAGAGGAAGGGGAUUUGUCGAGGAAAGACAAGUAUUUGAAAAAGCUGCACAUGCAGGAGAGAGCUAUAGAGGAAGUGAAGCUAGCUAUCAAGCCUUUCUACCAGAGGAGGGACAUCAACAAGGAUGAAUACAAAGAGAUUCUACGAAAAGCUGUUCAGAAGGUGUGCCACAGCAAGAGUGGUGAGAUCAACCCAGUGAAGGUGGGCAAUCUGGUCAAGGCAUACGUGGACAAAUACAAACAUGCUAGGAAACAUAAAAAAGGAGAGGACUUAGGGAAGGCACCGGAAGUACAGACGGAGGCCAUGAAAACCUCUGACAGCCCAUGAGGAGGUGUGAGCUACAGGCAAGGACAGCCACAGCCACCGCAAACACUCAUCCAUUUGUUCAACUAUGUUUUACUCUGUGUCCUACCAACUCUCUGACACAGCCAAUCUAAAUGGUUAACUAAGUUUUGCUCGCAGCUUCAAGAUGGAACACUUUCUAUAAUGUCCAGGUUUCUAUCUUGACGGAAUUUAUGAGGACAAACUUUUUUUUUUCUUUGAUCACUUGAAAAGCACCUGUUGGUGUUAUUUGUGCUUGGACUGUCACUGCCAAGAACUGGUCUUUUUGUGUAGUACAGCUCAGAAACCUAAUGGGAGACUGUGAGGUUGUGCCUUAAAGAGGCAGAUGUCAAAGGCCCUCCCAUGGAGUGAUAAAUCAGGUAGCUUUCUCCACAGGCAUAUCACUGGGAGGAUGCAGCGUUGGCUUUGAGUUUUCUAUGUCUUUUUUUUUUUUUUUGUGGGACAGCAGGGAUAUUUAUCAGUGGCGAAACUCAUUUUGUUGGUUAAGAAGUGGCAUAAAUGUAUGCAGAGUAUGCAUAUUUAAGACAUUGGUCACAUUAAGAAAAUACACUGUUAUGCAAUUUUUGUAGAAAAUGUAUCAGUACAGCAAUUAAACAAUUUUAGAUUUGGUUGUAAAUAAUAUAGAUUUGAUAUAUCCACUCACAUGUUCCUUUCAUUUGUGUUGCCUGUUGUGAACGACUGACAUAAAUGGUUCUAGUUUAUAGAGUUGAUUGUUUUUUGCUUUGUAUUUAAAGGCGUCCGUUAUCUGUCUUCCACAUCUCUAAUAUCCACGUUUAAUGAGCUAAAUCUAGUCCGGCGUACUACAGGUAAAUUCGGGCUCAGUAGCUUGAAAUUAACAAUGAAGUCACUCUUCUCAAAUAACACUCUCUUCUCUUUAAGCAUACUUGAUUUCUUGUGUUCUGAAAAAUUCUUUGAAUCUCAUCAGUAUCCUUUUUUCAACCCAUGACUGAAAUGUAGAAAACCAGGUUUUUGAGAUCCAGGGAAUACUUUGGUUUUGUUCCAAACUACAAAAAAUUAUAAAAAAAAAUAAAAAUGCACCAUUUCCCUGAAUAAGUGAGGUUUGAUUUGUUUUUGGGCAUUCUGUGAUUAAACAAUGGAGACUACAACACCACAGUAGGUAAUAUAGAUUUUAAUUUGGAGUGAAAAAGGAUUAUAUAACAGAUUAUAAUAAUGACUGAGUUGCAACCCCCUUUUAUCUUGCAAAAAAUGUAAAUGUCUACAUUUUGUCACUGUCCAACCGGGUGCUCGUGUGUCCACAAACAUUUUAACUACGAAGAUUUUUUUUUUCUUUUUGUAUGUAAUGUUUAUUAAUAAAAAUGAAGCAAAUUUUA